GGCGGUUGUUGAUGUUUGUGUGUAUGGUGUUUUUUUAGCGAAACCACCUACAAAAAUCACUUCUUAGGCACUGUAAACAAAGGCAACAACAGUGUAUCUCUCAUUAUAUUCAAAACGACCGCUUGAAGGGAUAAAGAACAUGGUUGAAGAGUCCAAGCAGGUCAACAACGGCGCUCAGGUGCCUAAGGAUGACGAAGAAGAGGAACAACAACAGAUCCUGGCUAAUCGUGCGCUCUUUGCCCAAACAUUGACGUUUAACGUCAUUGGCCGGUAUGAUCCAAAGCUGUCCAAUCUGCUCUUGACUCAGGCGAAUUCUCAGAUCUACGAGUACGAUUUGGACUCUGGGGAGUGGUUGAAACUGCCCUUUAGAGGUCCUCUGGCUAUCUACUCACGUUCUGGCUAUGAAGAUGAUGACGGGUACCACGCUGGGUUGAUUGUGCUCAACAAGGAAAAGGUUGAAAACUUCAGCAUUGGCAUCAUGAGUGUCAAAAAUAGUACUAAACUCGAUAAAGGAGAGAUGAAAGUGGAGGAUAUCGAAUCCCUGACAGUGAUAAAGAGCACCGAUGGUAAAACCUAUGGUAUUUGGGUACAAGAUGAUAAGGAAUCGCUGUAUAAUCUGUUGGUUACUCUAAUCCAGGAUGAAACAACACAUCCACAGUCUGAGUGAAUGGAUUUAAAGAAAGGCAUUAACUAAAACAUAACAUGUAGUAUACAGGAUCAUAAAAAUACAACAAGAAAAACACAGUUCAUUGUUUCUCCGGGUUCU